GCACAUCAUUCUUUUCUCGUGGCCAGUGUCAGUCCAUCCAUCACUUGUCCCGCAGACAGACAGACGAAGUAUCAUUAUUUUCGCCGGUCUCGUACAAGCAGAACUGCGAUCAACAAGUCGAUAUCUAUCAGCUCGCCUACCUACACGAGACAAGGAAACCAGCGAUGUCUGAACACAAUCCACCGCUCACCUACGAGCCUUCGGCCUCGACACACCCAAUCCGUUCCUCCAGUCUUCCCCCAGAAGUGUCUCAAUGCCUCAAGAACGCACGCUUCCUACAUCUGGGAACCAUCUCCUCUGCUCCCGACUCAUCUCAGCCUACACCGCAUGUGAGCUUGAUGAACUAUACCUUCCUCCCCAACUACCUCGAACACGGUCCUGUGAUAAUAAUGACCACGUCAGCCCAAUCCAUCAAAACCCGCAACCUAGCCUCAAAUCCAAAGGUCUCCCUGCUCGUUCACGACUGGGUCAGCCACCGCCCGCCCACGGCGACAUCAAUAUCUGGUGAGCGCUCGGGCAGUCCCCCUGCCGCCGCGACUCGAUCCAGUCUAGCCAGCUUACUGUUGAACCUGAAUACGUCGGCGCUGAGCUCCAUAUCCACCACCAUAACCGGCGAAGCGAGAUUUCUCGAAAGAGGUAGCGGUGAAGAGAAGUGGUGUAAAGAGACUCAUCUGGCAAACAAUACUUUCGGGGAUCAGGCCAAGGACGAGAUCGGUCUGUUUGGCGAACAGCACCACCCACAAAAUCCCGACGAUGCUGGAAGCUGUUACAUUGGCGCUGACGAUGUGAGAGUGGUCAUUGUCCCGAUCCGAGAAGGACGAAUAGCAGAUUGGAAGGGUGGUGUUAAGGACUGGGUCUUGGUCAAUGACGAUGUGCCGCCAGCAGAUCACGGUACAAGAGGUCGAAGCAACGGACAGCCCUUGGUAAAUGGGAUAUAACGAUGAUUGAUGUAGGCUGUUUCUGAAGCAUUCAGCCCGUUAUCUUUCCAGGUGAGGAUGCCUUUCAAGUUGGUCGAAAAGUGUGCUACAAUCAUGCCAUUUACCAGGAUGGUGUUGAAGAAUGAUUGAUUAUCUGGGACUUCAUCGGCACCAGGGGUCUGUCAUAUCCACGGCACAGCGGUGGGAUGAGCGAACGAGGCUUUUAGGCCCUAAUCCUAGGGCAGCAUGUCAAAGGAGUAGUCCUACGGGCACUCGUUCAGAAACAUGCGCCGAGCUAUAGACCAAUGAAGCAGACGGACAGAACGAGAAAUGUUCCAAUUAAAAAGCGAUCCUCAAAGGCAUUUUAUUCGCAGCUCGUAUAUCAUUAAUGAAGCUCCCACCACAUAACUAGCCAGACUCAAAGAUUCAAGUCAAAAUGCAGCG